GCCGAGUUAAUGCAACGCGACGUCCACCGUCGCGAGAACACACGAACGUCACUUCGCGAAUUCCGCCGCGCACCGUGCAAGCAGCGUGCGUGGCAGGUGGCGCUGCUGCUGGAGCCGACCUUUGACCUUGGGGAGGAGGAGGGGUCAAGGUCGGAGGUGUUGGGCGUCGGGUGUUGGGGGGCGCUGGUGAAGGACAAGCAGCCGUCGGUGAGGUGCAUGAUAGAGUGGGUGGCGACGCGACUGCUGUACAGACACCCGGAGUGCUGCUGUGAGAUGUGGAGCGCCAUCAAAGAUAAUUCUGAGCAAAGGACUGGCAGCAUAUGUUCUCUCUUUGCCAUCUGCACGCAUCUAUGCAAGCUCUACGAGGGAAGAAGACUGGAGGAAUUCAUGGAGUCGAUGCUUGUAGAAAUCCUUCCAUGGACCAUGAUGCAGCAUUUCUCUGUGCGCACUUAUGCCCAGGUGGCUCUGUGUACGGUGUGGACGGUUGCCAGGCAACAGAACAUGUUGGAUUUCUGCGAACGUCAUGCACUGUUAGAAGGAUGCUUCAACCAGGUUGCCACAGUUGAGAGCAAUUCUACUAAAAGUGUGAAGAAACUCAUGGAAUCCUUCUGGUUUUCUGAUUUCCAUCCAAUCGCAGACUAUAGUAUUGAGGUGAUUUUCUAUAUAUUGCCGUGGCUAUGUCUGCUAGCCCAGGAUGAAUGGAUCCACCCAGACCUGUUUGCUGACAUAAAUGGACUCACAUGGCUCAGAGGAAAUCAUUCAGGGGAUCUGCAACUAUAUAGCCCUGACAGUAAACUAAGGACAGCGAAACCUGGAGACUGGAGAACGAAACUAGGCGAGGGUGCGAGAGCCAGUGAGCCGGUCUCGGUCUCGGACCUCGAGGGAAACGUGCAGAAGAAGCUGAUUCCGUGGCGCAGCCUGAUGCCGGAUCACACGGAGGCUGACGUCACGUAUAAACGACAGAGCGGCGCGCAGGGCGGGCUGGUGCUGGUCGCUUCACUCAUUGACAAGCCCACGAACCUCGGAGGUUUAUGUAGAACGUGUGAGAUAUUCGGGGUGUCAGAGUACGUCGUUGGAAACAUGAAAUACGUAGAAGAUCCUCGUUUCAAGAGCCUGAGUGUAACUGCAGAGAAGUGGAUUCCAAUCACAGAGGUGCGCGUGCAUGAGCUGGAGGCGUUCCUACAGCGCAUGAGGAGGGAAGGGUACGCGCUCGUGGGAGCGGAGCAGACUGCCAGCAGCACCUCUCUCUGUGACUUCUCCUUCCCGGCAAAGACACUUGUCCUGCUAGGUAAUGAGAAGGAGGGGAUCCCCGUGAAGCUGAUACAGCUACUGGACGCGUGUGUGGAGGUGCCACAGUGGGGCGUAGUCCGCUCGCUCAACGUACACGUGAGUGGCGCCCUCUUCGUCUGGGAGUACACGCGGCAGCACCCGCCGGUGACGACGACGACGGGGUGAGGGCGAGGAGGCGAGAGCGGAGUCUACGUUACUCUCUCUCUCUCUCUCUACAGCUAUUACCCGGGAGAGUGGGAGAAGGAAGAGGUAUUUAUACACUGCCAUAACACCUGGUGUGUGCGUGUGUAUGUGAGUGUAGGAUAUUGUCAGCUGUGAACAUAUUAGGUCUACUCACACACACAGGCACGAACGCUCACACACGCCCAUACGCAUGCAGGCGCGCACACACGUGUUUGCUCUGCGUGGUUAGCGCUAUAGACGUAUGUAUGAACAAGGAAUAGCUUGCGUUGAGUGAUGCAUCAGUAGUGCCAGGAGUGUCAUAAUGUAGACAUAUAGCUAUAUAGUCUAUAUCAUGACACUCCUGCUAGUAUCUGUGACCACAUAUACACUCUCGUAUCUGUAUAGACGCAUUCAUCGUACUAUCUACAGUAAAUGAGCUCAUACUGAUAGC